AUGGAUGCUAAUUGGCUCAAAUCAAAUUUUAAUUCGACCAAUCAGAUGCUCAGUUUAUACUCUGUUACAGUAUGCUUUUCUCGACUUUCGCCCCCCACCCCACCCCCCUCAGUAGACCACAAUGUGCGAAGUGCUGCCGACCAUACGGAGUCGUCUCCCAGUCCCGAUGGCGAGAAUAACAAGUUGGAGCAGUUGAUGAUCUCCAUGUUGGAGGAGAGAGACCGGCUGAUGGAGAAACUGAGAGAGAGCCAAGAGCGAUACAGUGAGACCACCAGAAGACUGAGCGAGAUUGAAGCUGAUAACGGGAUUCUCAUGAGACAGCUGCAAGCCUUGACUGCCUGAGGAUGAGAAGUCUCUCCAUGAACUACUGGACGACUUGAGGAGAAGUGGAGGUGUGGGAUCGCUGGCCAACGGACAUGGCGAGCAAGACAUGAAGAAUGGCCUGUUGCUAAAAAGUACGACCAGUCUGGUAGAGAAACUGGCAGCUGCUAAAGAGAAAGCCGAGAGAAAGAAGAGGAUAGUUGCGAAAAUGAAAUCUGAGAGAAAAACACUCGAUUAUUGCUGGAGCACCUGCGAGUGUCUGGUGGCGAGACACGAGAAAAGUCUGCGAAUGGGACUUCGUCAGGAAACAGACUGCUCACCAGGCUGGCAUGGAGUAGUGAGGUGGAGGUGUUAAAAGCAAUGAGUCAUUAUUCGAUCAUAUAAGGCUCUCGAAGAAGAAGGUCAGAGAGAGGACUGAGAUGGCUAAGGAGCGGAAAUCUGUUUCUUGACGAGAACUGAAACGGCCAACCACAGAGAUCACGUUACAGGAGGAGAACAGAGGUUGAAAAAGGCUCAGAAUAGACAAAUCGGUUCUCUUCAGCAAGAGCUACGACAAUGGGAGGAUUCACAAGAGAGCAGCUGGCUCUACUGGAGGACAGAGGACCAGACCAUCAGUGAUCUUCAGUCAAUCUCGACGAGAGAGCUGCUGAACUGGAGGAGGUGGACCCAGGAGAGAGAUGAACUGAGCGGAAAAGUGGUCAGAGUGUGAAGAGGAGAACUGUCCAUGGCGCUGAAACGAACUGCAGCGAGAGCAGGCCUCUCGCUGCAAGAUCAAGCAAGAUGCAGAACACGACGAGUUGGUGUCAGCGAGUCAGACUGGAAUCAUGCGUGUCAGAGGCGCAGGCAGAGCUGUCGGCCCUCCAGCUGGAAUGUCGAGAUGUGAGAGAGCGACUCUCGACACUGAGAGACCAACUCGCUCCUCUGACCCUCCAAGAAUAGCAAGGUAUUACAUCGCCAUGACGUCACAUUAUGUCAUUAUUUCAUGUUAGUGUAAUGUGUAGCACACUAGACAUU